AUGGAUGUUGAGUGUCGCCAUUGCGGGGCAUUGCACUGGAUGGCGGAAAAAUUAACAAGUUCAUCUUUGAUAAACCCAAAAUUUGGUAUGUGCUGUCUUCAAGGAAAAGUUCGGCUUCCUUUACUGCGUGAACCUCCAAGACCCUUAAGAGAAUUAUUUGAAGGCAGUGACGCAAGAUCAACUUCUUUCCUUAAUUAUAUCAGAGAGUAUAAUGCAGCAAACGCAUAUACCAACCUUGGAUGCAAAUUGGAUGAAAGAAUUUUGAAAGGAAGAGGUCCAAUACCUUUUGCAAUACAUGGGGAACUAAGACAUUUGACAGGAGAAAUUCUGCCACUGCCUGGGAAUGAGAGACAUGCGGCUUACUCACAACUAUACAUCUACGAUCCUGCUUUUGCAUUGUUUGUUCGUGGCGAACGAAAUCCUAAUUUAAAUGUGGAUGUCCUUCAAACAAUUCAGGAUACUAUGCUCCAAUUUAAUGUUUUCUAUACCAAGUAUCGCCAAGCCGUUAUAAUCUACCGGUAG